UCCGCGUCAUCGCUGUGGAACGUGGCGGUGGAAGGCGAGGUCGGUCCUCUCUCUUUAUUUCUCCUUUCAUGACGAAUCGGUGGAAAGAGGGGAGAUGGGAGGAGCCACGCCGUCGGAGCGAUACGAGGAGCUCGGGUUAGCGGAGGCCCUCUCGCGGCCCUACGACUACCCCACGGCGUGCCGCGAGCUCGGCCUCAUCCUUCGACUCGCCUACGGGAAGCUCUCUAAGGGCCUCCAGUCCAUCGUCUUUCGCGACACCCUCUCCGCCUUCCGCCUCCUCCCGCAAGUGCAAACAGGUAAUGGAAUUUCAUCAGCAAACAUCCUUCUCCAGGCAGCAGAAGUCGUGUUGCCUAAGCAGAAAAAGGCGCUAGCUGUGUCAGAGUUUAAGCAUGCUGUGGUCGCACAUAAGAGGCGUUCCCGAGCUCAUGAAGAUGGAGGUUCAAUGCAAUUACCACAUGAUGUGCUUGUUCACAUCUUCAGUUUUCUGGACAUGCGAUCUUUAGUAACAGCCAGUUCAGUAUGCUGGGCAUGGAAUUCUGCUGCAAGUGACGGUACAUUGUGGCAGUUGCAAUAUUCCCUUCUGUUUGGAGAGUAUGAUGUCAGCUGCCUGCAGACCGGCAAACUAGUUCAAGUCAAGGAUGUGGUUUUCCAUCAAGGCAUAGAAUGUGUGGAUGCUACAUUCUAUGCAAUGACCAAUCUCAACUGGAAAGAGGCUUAUAGAAGAAAAUAUUUAGGUAACUCAUCAUUGAGAUUCACAUCAAAUAGGGCAUCAUGUGUACGUUGCAAAUCAAUUAUUUGGCUCAGCAACAUGACUUGUGCCAGGUCACACCAUUGUCAUAAGCUUAAAAAUCAGAGAGUAAAAAUAAGACCGGUAUCACCUAAUAAGGUUGUGAAUUAUCUAUUGGGAGAGACUGAAUUAACGAUGUCAUCGUCUGAAAGUGAUGAUAGUGAUACUGAUGAAUUGUCGAACCACGGACAGCGGCUUAUGAAGUUAUGGGCCUAUCCAAGGCUUACAAGCACCAGCUAAACCUUCCUUGUAGAAAUGUUUAAUUUUGGAGGCCUCCCCUCUGUGGUGUGAGCUGUCUCAAAAUGUUCAUCGUGUCAUUGAUAAGAGUGCAAGCCAGGUACCCAAGCUAGGUAGAGGACAUGAUUUGGAUUCCAUAAACAGUGGAAAAUGUGAUGGUACGUAAGCAUUCUCGAACCAGAAUCUUCCACGAUCAUAUUAUCGUAUUGGAAGUGAUUCACAUUUGUAUUUUAGGUAUGCUUAUUGUAUUUAUUCAACACAUAUUUUGCUUGUGAUCUCUAUGUACAUGGUCAUACGGUUUGAAAGUCUGGACCUCCAUUCGGUUUUAGCAGCAAAACACAGUCCUUCAGACGGUAGAGUAUCUGCAGGAAACAUCAGCUUCUGUAAUCAGAGAUCUAUGCCCUUUACCUUUAGCUGUUGCCUGAGACGGCUCGGGAAAUGAAGUGGCUGACUGAGAGCAAUUCAAGUUGCAGAAUUAAAUAUAUCAUGCUCGAAUUGCAAAU